AGUUAGUAGCUGAUCUGGACAGGUCAUUCUUAGACAGGUCAAUCGGGUUACAUUUCAAGAGAGUCUAUUUAUUUUCCGCAUUCACCAGAAGGAUACAUAUAUUCACAUUUGAAACAAAAUAGACGGAAAAACAUUUCACUUUAGAGAAGGUUGGUCUCAAUACAAAAGUCAAACUUGAAGUGUACAACUAUUUCUAUUGGAAGUCGCAAGGCUGUCUUAUGAAUUUCUCCUCCUCUCUUUAGCAGUCGAGUCUAACGAAUUGAUCAUGGGACACCUAUCAUGGCUGACUUCCAUGUCGGCCUGGUUCACAUUAGGUACAACGAGCUUCAUGGUAACAUCACAUGUCUCGUUACUAUGGUUACUACGUCUCUACAAAUACGAACAGAUCCACCCUGCAACUUGGUAUCUCAUUCUACUCCUACUGUUAUCUGGACCACACAUUGUCAACUUUCUGUAUCUGCUUUGGAAAACUCCGAUACUAAGUUCAGCUUACAGUCUUCAUGAUUCCAAUGUAGUCCACUUUGUUCUGGGGGUUGUCUCAGCUCUACUGGAGGGAGUGUGUACCACUGUGUUUGCUUGUGAAGUAGCACAUUCAGUGCCAGAGCCUGUCUUACUGACAUUACCGUCAGCAGCCCUUGCACUGGUUCUUAGCCUGGACCUCAGGAGACAUUGGAAAAAAAAGAAACGUCUCUCCUUGUCACUCUUGGACAAGCUGUGUUACUGUGUACAGAUCCUAACUGUUGGCUAUGCUCUAAUAGUGGUCAGUAUAGUUGCUGGACUUCUGUGCCAAUGGUCACAAUUUAAGCAAGUUACUUUUUUUUUUCAAAUGACCUUUACUUUGACGAAUAUUUUCUUUCUGUUCAAAUGUACAAACAUUAAAUUGUCACUUUUUAUUUCCAGUUUGACCAAAGAAGGUUGUUUGAUUGUGGUCAUUGUCACACCUUUACUGGCUGCAGUUUGGUUACCGAGGAUACAGAAACUGUCCCAUAAGACAGAUACUAUUGGAAGAUGUAUUUCUAUCUCAGAUCUAGUCUAUGUUAUAAUCAAGGUGUUGGCCAUUUCAAUGACACUCUAUUUCUCCCUCAUUUUCAAACUGGAUGAGUUUAGGAGUUAUCCCUGGCCCUGUGUUCUUAUGGGACUCACUGAGUUGGCUCGAUAUAAUAUUUGGUUUGCUAUCUUAUGCUGCUGUUGUGGGGGGGCACUCUGUUCCCUCAACGUCUGGGCUGCAUUUAAAGUUGGCCUGUCUGCCCCUGGAGUCAAAAUUCCCUUUAUUUUGGCAGUGCCAUUAUCCAUCGUAAUAACUGGCAUACUGUGGAAUGAUUUUGAGACGGGUGCAUUCUGGGAACUUACUGCUACCGAUGUCUAUGCAUGGACCGCUAUUGGUCUUUCUACCAUUUGCUGGUUAAUUCCUUUUAUUUUUCCCGCCUUCGCGGGGUUCAAAUGUCAUAAUGUAAAAAACAGGCGUGUGUACUCCAAGAUGAAUGAGUUUUCUUGGAAUGUCCUGUACCUACAGACCAGAUUGUUAUUAAUGAACUAUGAAGAAUGUGAAACAGGUUGUGCUUUGAAAGAUGGUGCUGACAAGACAACUAGAAGCACAGUUUAUAUUUGCACUACUAUGUAUAAAGAGAGUCCAGUGGAAAUGCUGAGGUAUUUGACCAGCAUUCAGAAUAUCUUUGAGAAGAACCACGAGAAAAAGAUGAACUUAGAAGCUCAUGUGUUUGUUGAUAAUUCUAUUGGCUGUGACAAGAUCAACUCGCGUGCUCGACAACUCUUGUCUCUGCUCUGUGACACGUUUCAACUGACACUCUCUCAGUUGGUCAUCUUGUCCACUCCAUAUGGCUGCCAAGUGAACACCAGUAACUUAUUGGACUCAACUCUGUACAUUCAUUUCAAGGAUGAAGCUAAAGUCAAGUGUAAAAAACGUUGGAGCCAAGUCAUGUAUUUAAAUUAUGUCCUACACUUCAGGCACAAGUCUAAGAACAACGGUAGAGACACACUGUCAGUUAGUCCAAAACAUCAGUGUGAGCAUUACACUCAGUUUAAAUCUAGCUCCCCAGGGAUGUCACAUUAUAUUUUAAACUCCAGUUCUUCUGCUGAACCAACUGAUGAAAUGAAGAGAAACAAGGACUCUUUAAGUUUGUCUGUCUCUCAGUUUUUUACCAACAUUGACCCAAGUAGAUCCCUUCUGAGGACAAGCACAUUGAAGCAGCAGAAGUCUGACUCCACUGCACGCUUUCUUUAUUUGGACAGUCGACUGCAGCCCAGCUUGAAGUCUUCCAGUUCCUUCAGUUCAGACAGUGGACAGAGUAGUUCCAUAGACACAGUCAGCACGCAGACGACAUGGGACAAUGAUAAACUUUUUAUGACGGAGAGUACUACAUUACAUCAACAAUCUUGUUAUGAUGAUGUCUUCAUUCUGACCACCGAUGCUGAUACAGAGUUUAAUUCCAAGAGUUUGUUUCAAGUUCUAGAAAAAUGCCAAUCAGGUGACAAUGUUGGAGCCGUUUGUGGGAGGACAGUUCCUAUUGGUGCAUUGAAACCAAUUGUUUGGUAUCAGAAAUUUGAAUAUGCUAAAGAUUUUUGGCUUGUCAAAUCUUCUCAAAAUGUGAUUGGUUCUGUUACGUGCUGCCCCGGAUGUUUCAGUAUUUACCGCGGCGCUGCUAUGGCAACAGUUUUAUCUGAAUUUUGUAAACCUACUACUUCAGCUUUUGAAAAUUUAGUUAUGGAUCAUGGUGAAGACAGAUGGCUGUGUACACUACUCAUGCAGCGUGGCUGGCGCCUGGCUUAUUCCUCAAGUGCCCAUAACUCUACUCACUGCCCCGAGACUGUAGGCGAGUUUUUGCGUCAGAGGCGGCGAUGGGUACUGUCUGAGUUGUCCAACACAGCAGACAUUUUUCUGUCCAUCUCAGUUCUGGUCCGAAACAACUCCUCUUUCUCUGCCAUGUUCCUUAUCUCACUCCUUAGCACAUUCCUAUGGGUGAUUCUCUCCCCUGCCACCACAGUUGUUUUCAUGUGUGCAGGCUUUGAUGUUCUUUACAGCGUCCCGAUGACUUGGACAUUGCCCCUUGCCCUGGCAAUCUUCCUUGGUUACUGCUUGGUUUCUGGUCUGGCACAGCAUGACAAACAAAAAAUCGUUUCCAUCUUGAUGAUUUCCUUAUUAGCCGCCACUGUUUUUAUUUUGUCCAUCGGAUUUAUUCUGUACAUAGUCAGCUGUAUCAGCACCGAUGUUCAAGAUCUAGGUUACAUUCAGUUUCGUCCAUAUUUCCUGGUGUUCCUGUUGAUUAUCGCAAUUGUCUACGCCGCUGCUUUACACCCCAAGGAAAGCCAGUGUUUGAUCUAUGGUUUUGCCUACGCCAUGUUAUUUCCGGCAAUGUUCGUUGUACUUCCGGUCUACGGUGUCGCCAACAUGUUGGACCAAUCCUGGGGUACCCGUGAGGCAGGUUCCCAUGGCUGCUGUCAGAGUCCAGAGGAAGAAGAAGAAGAUACAUUUACAAAUUAUGAUAUUAAGGUGUCAAGUCUUCAAGAGUUGAGCUCCAUGCCAGGUGGCGACACUGAACGUACAUUCUGGAACAAUUUGAUCAAUGUGUACAUUGGCAAUGACGUCAACAAAGGGAAGCCUAAGCACCAAUUAACUGACGAUUUACACAGCCUUCGCGGAAGAACCAUGCUGGGUUUAACCAUCUCCAACUUCCUAUGGUUUAUUUGUUUGAGUGUUCUAUAUGCCUUUGCAGGAAGUGAUGUUAUAUGUUAUUGUGUGGCCGCAAUUUUUAGUUUUAGUUUAGUAAUUCAACUGAUUGGUCUGACAUGUUUUAAGUUCGACAAUUUAAUAGAAAGUAGCUUGAACACAAAUGUCAAUGACGUCAUUAAGCAAGAUGAAAAAUCAUUUCAAUCUCAGACAAAAGAAGAUUUCAGUAAAAUAACUUUGCAUGGCAUUUUUGAAGAGUCCGAGUUUUAAGGGACUUUUUUUUUUUUCAACUGCAUGAGAUAGAGAAAUGCAUUGCGUAAGUCUCGACAACAUUCUAUUUUUGUUGUACACAAACCAUUGAACCUAACGUAGUGUUCAUAUAAUGAGAGAGAACAUUGAACUAGUCCAUCUUCCUUGAUUAUAACGAGCUCUAUCUAUCUAUCUAUCUAUCUAUCUAUCUAUCUAUCUAUCUAUCUAUCAAUCAAUCUAUCUAUCUAUCUAUCUAUCUCGAGAUCUCAUUACCUGUGCGUCUGACGGAUCACUCUAUUUGUAUAUUGUUCUCACCAAUUCAAACACUUAGUUCUAUUGAUGUUUAUUUAAAUGUUAUAAAUCCUUGUAAGUUGUAUACUUCGCAGUAAUUAGAAUGAUUCAUUUAGAAAAAAAACUUUCUUUAAUUAUUAACAAUUUAAUCAGCAGCGUGAUUUCUUGUGGAUACGAAUUUUCAAGAAACAUGAACUCUUAAGGCUGUUACUUAGACAGUAUUAUGUCUUUAAUUUGACACAUCAAACCUUAUUGGAAACUGUUUUUUAAAUUGAGACAAAUGGAUGUGCAAAUUAAAAUAAACAUUUUUAGAAAUAAAUCAAGGAAUGUAAUAGACCCUGAAAGACAUACAUUUUAUAUUGAAUAGAACAUUUUUUAUAAUAAAUUAUUGGAAGUUAUUUAUUUUGACAAUGACAAGGUGACCCAUUAAAACGAUACAUACAAUGAAGAAAGAGGAGAGAUAUAUGUAUAUAUAAACUUCUUGACUAACAAAACGUAGCAUUGAUUUAGAGAUGAACCUUCAUAACAUACAAGUUAAUAGAGACAUCUAUUUAGACUAGGUCUCUUAUUAUUGUAUAAUAUGUCAACAUUUAUUUACUUCUUAUUGUAUCAUGUAAACAUUAAUAAGAAAAUCAUUGAUUGAAGCUGUACAAUUGAGCAUUGAUUGAUAUACACAUUCAUUAGAUUAUAAUACUGAACAUUGGUUUAUUACAACUUCUAAACUCUAUGAUAUAGCACUAACUAUUAGAGCAGUGAUGUAUGUAACAUUGAUGUCAAGUAUCCUGCACUGAUGCUUGUCGCCCUUCAUUAACUCUACUAUUUAGCACUGGAUAAUUGGACAAUGUAAAUGUUGGUGUAGUCAAGUUCUUCCACUCGUCUGAAUGUCUUUCAUUGUGCUAGAGGUGGUAGUGUUACAAGAUCUGGGAGUCGAGUAAAGUAUCUUCUACACACAACAUUACCACAGGUGUGGAUCUGAGAAAUACAAGACAGAGGUGCAUAGAAUAGUUGAAUACAUAGCUGCACUGCAGACUGAGCAAAGAUUUUUCAUCUACAUCAGACAGUAAAAAAAUUAACAUUCAUAAUUCUUUCACAUACGCCAAUAUGGUGAGCAAACAUUUUUUUUUAAUUGUCAAAUCAUCGCCUUUGACUUGACAUAAUUUAGGUUUUCAUUACACACCGGCUACGCCCGUUGAUUUGUUCCCAGGCUUUAUGUCGUUUCUUAUGACCGGAAUAUCCCCCUCCUUUUCUUUGUUGAAAUUUCAAUAAACGAUCCCCCUC